GUUCUUCGAUUCUUCGGAUAUCUUGUCUGUCGAGGGCCGGUUUUAGCCAAAGUAGGAUCAGAGUGUGGGAAAUUAGAGUAUGGAAUUUGGAUGGAUGAACCUCGGAGUGUUGAGGAACGACGCCAAAGAUUUCUUCAUGGAAUUGAUCUUGUUCAUCUUUCCAAGUCUUCAAGGAUGAAAGGUUUGGAGAGGAUCACAGAAUGCAGUGAUGCCGUCGAAGAAACCAUUGCUGGCUGCGAUAGGGAAAUGAGUUGUGAAGCCAAUUUGUUGGUUGAUGAAUCAGAGCAAGAACAGAAGGUAAUGGAAACUCAACAACACUUUGAUGAAUCUGAAAAUGGUGAAGUUAAUUCGAAGAAGUUCAAGAAAUGGUGGAAAUACUUUUCAAGCAUGCAGAAAGGAGAAGGCAGGCGUUCAUCUAACGUAAUUGAACCAAGCUUAAAAGUGCAUAAAACGAACAGAAUGAUGGUUCAGUCCAACAAGAAAGGAUGCAUGGAGUUUUCAGAGCUUUAUAUGGGACAAGAAAUACAGGCUCACAGGGGCUACAUAUGGACUAUGAAGUUUAGCCCCGACGGUCAAUAUUUGGCUACCUGUGGCGAAGACGGGGUAGUCCGAAUAUGGUGUGUAACAUCUAUUGAUGCCUUUAGUAAACCUUUGAUGGCGGAGCGCGGUUUAGGUAGAUCUAUGGGUUUCGGCAGAGAAAAGUCGGCCCACACUCAAGUUGUUAUUCCUGAUGAGAUUUUUUGGAUCAAGGAGUCGCCAAUUCAUGAGUUUCAUGGCCAUUCCAACGAUGUUUUAGAUGUUGCAUGGUCCAAUUCAAAUGUGAGUAAAUGCAGAAACUUAGCAACUCGGUUUUAG